CCAUUUUCAACCCAACAAUGAUUCUCACAGUAUCCAAUCCAACAACUGCCACAUCAGAAAAACAGUUCGUAGAAGAAUCGCCCUUAAACCCUAAUAGUUUGUUCCUCUUCUCCGCCGAACAAGACUGAAGACUCCGGUCUUCCCCGACUCCUCACUUUUCAGUGACCGCAAAAUGCGCCAAAGUGAUGCAGAAGCUACUAAGCAGAAGCCGUAUAGUCACCGCAGCAGUCCCAUCCCUUAACUCUCCAAUUCCUCAUUUCUCACAUGAAUUUCAUUUGCUAGAAUUUCCCAAGAAUUCCAAACAAACCCUUAGCCCCAUGGCUACAAUGCCGUCACCGGUCACCUCCACCACCAUCCAUUUCCCCCACCUUUCUCGUCCAAGCACAGCUUCACAAACCAUGGCUUACCCCGACGCCUGUGCGGGGUUGUCUAGUUCCCGUAGUUUUUAUCUUGAGUGUACGGGCCCUCCGAGGUCAUGGGUGGUUCUGAGACAGAAUAGUAACAGAGGGAGCCGCAGAGCGUGGUUCGGAACUGUUGCUGCGGGUUCAGAAAAGGUUUUGCCGGCGCCGGAGGUGGGAAAUGUGGCUGAGAGGUUGAAACAGAUGGACGAUGUUGUUGAGACAAGUGAGGAGAAAAGUAGUGGUUUGGAGGAAAAACCGGCGGUGAGGUCGCAGAGGAGGCAGAGAGGUGGAAGUGACACAUCGGAAAGAGGGAUGCCCGGAGGACCUGAUUUGCUGACAAUACCUGGAGUCGGGCCUAGAAAUUUCAAGAAGCUAGUUAAGAACGGGUUUGAGGGCGUGUCUCAACUCAAGAAGCUAUACAGGGACAAGUUCUUUGGGAAGUCAAGUCAGAAGAUGGUAGAGUUUCUACAGAGUUCAGUGGGAAUUGUCCAUAAAAACCAUGCAGAGAGUAUCACAACUUUCAUAAAGCAAAGUGUAGAUGAAGAGGAGACAAAAGAGGACACUGAUUCUGGUCAAAGGGUGACACCAAAGAAGCGGAUCACAUUUUGCGUGGAAGGAAACAUAAGUGUUGGAAAAACGACUUUUCUGCAAAGAAUAGCUAAUGAAACCCUUGAGUUGCAAGAUCUUGUUGAGAUAGUUCCGGAACCUAUUGACAAGUGGCAGGAUGUUGGCCCCGAUCACUUCAACAUAUUAGAUGCGUUCUAUGCUGAGCCUCAGAGAUAUGCGUAUACCUUUCAGAACUAUGUUUUUGUUACAAGAUUGAUGCAGGAGAGGGAAUCGUCUGCUGGUAUUAAGCCUCUCAGGUUAAUGGAAAGAAGCGUUUUCAGUGAUCGGAUGGUCUUUGUGAGGGCUGUACAUGAAGCUAACUGGAUGAAUGAGAUGGAGAUCAGCAUAUACGACUCGUGGUUUGAUCCUGUCCUUUCAAGUUUACCUGGGCUGGUACCAGACGGCUUCAUCUACUUACGGGCAAGUCCAGAUACUUGCCAUAAGAGAAUGAUGAUGCGUAAGAGGUCCGAGGAGGGUGGGGUUUCCCUUGAGUACUUGCAAGGUUUGCAUGAAAAACACGAGAAUUGGCUUUUUCCUCUUGAAACUGGGAAUCAUGGGGUGUUAUCGGUUUCCAAACCGCCUCACAGCAUGGACAACUCCUUGGCUCCUGAGAUUAGUGAUAGGGUUUUUUAUUUGGAGGGAAAUCAUAUGCAUCCUUGUAUUCAGAAGGUCCCUGCUUUGAUUCUUGACUGUGAACCAAACAUCGAUUACAGCAGAGAUAUUGAAGCGAAAAGACAGUAUGCACGCCAAGUUGCCAUGUUUUUUGAAUUUGUGAAGAAAAAGAAAGAAGUGACUACUACCCCUGGAUUUGGAGAGUUCUCAUCAAUGCCCCACCAACCACAAGUGAUUCUUCCUCACAAAGGAGAGUUAUGGAUGCCUGGGGGCAAGUUCUCGGGUUCGUCCAUCAAAUCUCUGGAUUUCAGGAAAACUGUGCCCUCUAUGUCCCACUAGGGGAUAUAUAAUUUGGUGACAAGAAGCGGUGUCCUGAUAUGUAAAAAGUUGCACUAAGAAAUCCUUGACAUUGUUGAUGUUCUAGGGCAGGUCUGUUUUUUUUUUCAUUUGGAUGCUGUCAAGUGCAUGCUUUGUUUUGUUAGGCAGUAUGUUGUAGCCAGUAGCCUUUUGGGGGUCUUUUGGCCCUGGCUUUGCAGGGCUGAGAUUGUUUGGCCGUUUUUGAGAACACGCAAGUUUAGAUUAUGCAAAGCGUAUAUAUGUUAUUUGAUUUACUUAAUAUGUAUAAUAUGUAUAUACGGACUCAUAAUAUUUUAGUGCUGCUUACUGAAAAUAUGAAUAAUGAGUAAUGACUAAGAAAAA